CAACGCGUGCGCAGUGGGGAGAGAUAUGGAACACACACACACACAAGCGUUGUUUAAUGGAGAGAGAGAGAGAGAGACAUACAGAAAGAAACCCUAGACACCAAAGAAAAAAAAAUCAAGGAAUCGUGCCUCCUCCUCCUCCGCCCACUCGCUCCCUCAGAUCGCGUGAACAUCACAAACCAUUUUCUCUCCUCUCCAUCAUCCAACCUCCCCUUUCGCAGAUCGAAACGCCAACUCGCACCGAUUGGCGCGUGCCUCCUCCUUCGUCUCGACGAGAUUACAGAUUGUUCGUCCAAGCAGUUGCAGGAAAGUCAUGGAUAUAGAUCUUAGACUACAUUCAGGUGACCUCUGCAAAGAAGCUGGUGACGACGAUGAACAACAACAACAACAACACAGAGGACUCGACAACGAAGACAUAGACAUUAGCAAAAUCGAGGAUGACGUCACCGUCGAUGUACAACACUCCGAUAACAACAACAACAACAACACUAGCGUUCCAGAACAACAAGGCGUGAAUCUCGAACCGCUAAACGGCAUGGAGUUCAACUCGCACGGUGAAGCCUACACCUUCUACCAAGAGUACUCUCGAACCGUUGGGUUCAACACCGCGAUUCAGAACAGUCGCAGGUCUAAAACGACUAGAGAGUUCAUCGACGCCAAGUUCGCUUGCUCUCGGUACGGUACGAAACGAGAGUACGACAAGUCUUUCAACAACAGGCCGAGAGCUAGGCAGAGCAAGCAGCACCAGGAGCAUCCUCCUCCUCCUCCGAUAGAGAACGUCUCUGGUGGUGGUGGUGGUGGUGGGAGGAGGACGUGCGCGAAGACUGAUUGUAAAGCGAGUAUGCACGUUAAGAGGAAGCCUGAUGGGAAGUGGGUGAUUCACAGCUUCGUCAGAGAUCAUAACCACGAGCUUUUGCCUGCGCAAGCCGUGAGCGAGCAGACGAGGAAGGUUUACGCGGCGAUGGCUAAGCAGUUCGCUGAGUACAAGACUGUCAUCAGCUUGAAGAGCGAGUCGAAAGGCUCUUUUGAGAAAGGGAGGAGUUUGUCUGUUGUGGAGACUGGGGAUUUCAAGGUGCUGCUUGAGUUCUUGUCGCGGAUGCAGGUUCUCAACUCCAACUUCUUUUACGCGGUGGAUCUUGGGGAUGAUGAUCAGAGGGUGAAGAGUGUGUUUUGGGUGGAUGCCAAGAGCAGGUUUAACUAUGGCAGUUUUUGUGAUGUUGUUUCUCUUGAUACUACCUACGUGAGGAACAAGUACAAGAUGCCACUUGCUGUUUUUGUUGGUGUGAACCAGCAUUACCAGUAUAUGGUUCUUGGUUGUGCUUUACUAUCCGACGAGACGGCAGCAACAUUCUCUUGGUUGAUGGAGACUUGGCUGAGAGCGAUGGGUGGACAAGCUCCGAAAGUUUUGAUCACUGAGCAGGAUGCUGUGUUGAACUCCGUUGUCCCUGAGGUCUUCCCCAGUACUCAGCAUCGCCUUUUUCUUUGGCAUGUGUUGAUUAAGGUCUCUGAGAAUCUUGGUCAAGUUGCUAAGCAACAUGAGAAUUUUACAGCGAAGUUCGAGAAGUGCAUUUAUAAAUCUUGGAAGGAGGAAGACUUUGCGAGAAGAUGGUGGAAGAUUCUUGCUAGAUUCGGCCUCAAAGACGAUCAGUGGAUGCAGUCUUUAUACGAAGACCGAAGGAAAUGGGCACCGACCUACAUGACCGACGUUCUUUUGGCGGGGAUGUCUACAUCUCAGAGAGCUGAUAGUGUUAAUGCUUACUUCGACAAGUACUUGCAUAAGAAGACUAGCGUGCAGGAGUUUGUGAAACUGUAUGAUAUGAUUUUGCAAGAUAGAUUUGAAGAAGAAGCCAAAGCUGAUUCUGAAACGUGGAACAAGCCGCCGACAAUGAAGUCUCCGUCGCCAUUUGAGAAGAGUGUUUCCGAAGUCUAUACUCCCGCCGUAUUCAAAAAGUUCCAGAUUGAAGUUUUGGGUGCAAUCGCGUGUUGUCCCAGGGAGGAGAACCGAGAUGCAACGUGCUCUACUUUCAGAGUUCAGGAUUUUGAAAACAACCAGGACUUUGUGGUUACAUGGAACCAAGCAAAGGCUGAAGUCUCUUGCAUGUGUCGGUUAUUUGAGUAUAAAGGGUAUCUCUGCAGACACACGCUUAAUGUUCUCCAGUGUUGUCACCUCUCUUCCAUCCCCUCUCAGUACAUAUUGAAACGGUGGACCAAAGAUGCAAGAAGCCAGCAUUUUCCAGGAGAACCUCAGCAGUUGCAGACUAGGGUACAGAGGUAUAACGAUUUGUGCCAGAGAGCUUUAAAGCUGAGUGAAGAGGCAUCCAUCUCUCAAGAGAGUUACAAUAUUACAUUCCUUGCUAUUGAAGAAGCUUUGGGAAACUGUGCUGGUGUUAAUACUUCCGGCAGAAGUCUUCCAGAUGUGGUCACGUCACCAACUCAAGGUCUGAUAUCCGUCGAGGAGGAUAACCAGAGCAGAAGUGCAGUCAAGACGACGAGCAAGAAAAAGAAUCCUACUAAGAAAAGAAAAGUGAACUCAGAGCAGGAGGUUAUGCCAGUUGCAGCGCCAGAAAGCUUGCAACCGAUGGAUAAGUUGAGUCCAAGGACAGUUGGCUUAGAAAGUUAUUAUGGAACACAGCAGAGCGUGCAAAAUUUGGUCCAGCUAAACUUAAUGGGGCCAAAUCGCGAUAACUUUUAUGGGAAUCAUCAACAAACAAUUCAAGGAUUGCGACAGUUGAACUCAAUAGCACCAAGCUACGAUAGUUACUACACUGCUCAGCAAGGCAUCCAUGGACAGGGAGUAGAUUUCUUCCGUCCUCCCAACUUUACUUACGAUAUCCGGGAUGAUCCUAAUGUGAGGACGCCACAGUUGCAUGAGGACGCGUCUAGACACACUUGAACCAGGCUGAAACCUAACUAUGGUUCAAAUCUUAAAGAGACCAAAAUCCAACAAGCACUUAAAAGAUGAAAGCUCAUUUCACGAUCAGGUUUUGGAAACAGAACAAGGAGCAGGUUCUGUUUUAUCGGGUCAAGUGUUGAAAUAGGAUAUGUUGUAUUGUUUCGGUUAUAAAGAUACCGCUUCUGUUAAUAUUUGGUCGUGUGUAUUAGUUCUUGAUGAUCCCCAAAACUUUUGAUCAUUGACUGUUCGAAUUUAGAGGAGGGGGAAACAUUUGUUUAGAGGAUAUUUAUCUAUUUAUAAACUCCUGUUAAUUUUUUGAUCAAAUUACUUAAAUUUGGAUCUGA